GAUUGCAGCGGCUGUGCGAAGCCAUUGAUACCGAGAGCACGGGAAGGAUAUCUUGGGAAGAUUUCGAGUCUUUUGUCUCAGAUGAGUCGGCUCUGAUCUACUUGGCUUCCCUUGGACUCGAGAUUCACGACGCCAAAACCUUUUUCGACAUGCUUGCCGGUGUGGCUUCUGACAAGUACAUCGACAUCGAGACUUUCGUGAAAGGCUGCAUGCGCAUGAAGGGCCCGGCCACGAGCAUCGACAUGCUGUCGAUGGCCUACGAAGUUACUCUCAUGCACCGCCAGAGCAACCGCAUCGAGCGAUCCCUUGCAGAGGUGCAGACGUUUCAGCACAAGGUGGAACGCCUUCUGAACGAGCAGCCGGCACGACGUCAGCACCAGGUGUUUACCGACGUUUUCUGA